AUGGAGGAAUACAGGCUCUCGAUUUGCAGCAAAUUAUGCUAUGCAAUAGGAGGUGCCCCAAAUCAAGUGGCAGGGAGUGCUGCUGCUUUUUUCCUACAGAUCUACCUGCUAGAUAUAGCCCAUAUUACUCCGUUUCAUGCCUCUUUGGUGCUGUUCAUUGGCAAAGCCUCAGGUGCAGUUACUGAUCCUGUUGCUGGCUUUUUUAUUAGCAAAAGUAGAUGGACAAAAAUUGGCCGACUCAUGCCUUGGAUGCUGGCAUGUACGCCCUUCACUGUAGUGUCUUAUUUUUUUAUGUGGUACCUACCUCCUUUUGUGUCGGGCAGAGUUGCAUGGUACCUUACUUUCUACUGCCUUUUCCAAGCACUGACCACAUUAUUCCAAGUACCAUAUUCCGCCCUCACCAUGUUUCUCAGCACAGACCAGAAGGAGAGAGAUUCUGCAACAGCAUACCGAAUGACCAUGGAAGUGCUUGGAACCUUGAUUGGAGCUGCACUUCAGGGGCAGAUUGUGGCCAGUGCUCAUGUCUCUCAUCACUGCACUGCGAAUCCCCCAGUAAAUACAACUGACUCCUGGCGUGACACUCCCGUCUUUCCAGAUGCCUCAGAUCUCCUCUCUCAUCAG